AUGUUUACUUUAUUGAAGCUUUUGGUGACGAUGCAUCCAAAAAAUAUCAAACGGUUUCCAGAUCUCAUGGCAAAAAGCUCACAGCUUCACCUGUCCUGGACACAUAAGAGAUGUCUACAGUUAAAGACCAUAGGCAUAUCACAAACACACACUUGAAAAUCAUAAGAUAGGUCAUAAAAAGCUUUCUUUGAAGACAAAAAAAACAACAACAACAACGGCAUGCCUGCAGAAAGUACUUUAGGUAUUUGCAUCCGCACGAGUAUCUUGCGACAAUGUAAACUUUUGUCAAAAGAACUUUGAAUUUGCUUUGCUAAUGAACAUACAUGUAUACCCAUAAAUACUUGAGGCCUCAUCAUUCAUGGUUUAUACUUUUGAGUGACAACAACAACAACAUUAUCCGGAGGAUAAUGCUCUUGGUCCACAGACUGUCUUCAUGCAAAUUUCACAGUUGCGCUAGAUACCUAGACAUGUAUAUGUACAGUGCAUGCAGCUCAAAACAACUGUCCAAAAAAUGUGUGUGUGCAAUUUGUACCUCUGCAUCUGAGUGUGCAUGUGUCUCUGACACAUCUGAUUAGUAUAUAUGUAUGGGCCAGCUUUAUACCUCUUUCACAAUGGUGUCCUAUUAAUAUAUAUAUAUUUUUAUAUGUGUGAUAAAUUCAGGCUUUCUGACCUCGUUUGAAAGUAAGAAUUGUUUGGUAUUUUACACAUGUUAACGUUAACAUGUUUAGUAAUGUUAACAUGUUAUUUUGUGAAAGGUUUGAACCCAGGAGUCAUUUCAUAAGUAGGCUGAGUAUGAUUGUCCGGGUGAAUGUACUUCCUGAAUGUUGACAGUGACUGACGUUUCAACAACCUGUGCAGUAUUCAUCUUCUGAGUGACUCUGAAGAUGAAUACUACAGAUUGUUGAAACACCAGUGACUGUCAAUAACAACAGUCCUAUUCAGGACUGGAACGUUCACCUGGACAUUCAUCCAUAAACUUUUGUUUUUAUUUUGUUGUUAGUUUUUGUGGACUUUUAUUGUAAGUCAUUGGAUCUUAAACAGGGGGCAUUAACUGAGGAACUGUAUACAAGUAAACAUACAUUUAUCUUCCUACAGUGUAACUCAAACAUUUGAACAUGCAAGCAUCCACAUCAUUAGCACUAAGCGAGUCUUUGGCUAAAUGUUUUCUAUCCAUUAUUAGUUUGAGCAUCUUGAGGAAGGAUGAACAUGUACAUAUACCAGCAUGCAAAGAAAGACGUGUCUGAUAGCCUGGGGCUAGUGGAUUUUGCAAUCGGGCUAGUGAAUUGUGUUCUUAACUUGCCAGCAGGGCAAGUGAAGUUUUUUAGGAAAUUCAAAUUACAGAAGAACUGUAAUCAAUGCUGCUCAUUAAAUUUUUUGAGGGGCUACUUAAAAGUCUCUUGGGCUAGUACAUACUAGCAACAACUUGCAUGCCUGAAUGGCAAGUUUGCACCCUGAUAUACAGAAAGUAAACCGAUUGCUCCACCUAGACCGAUUUAUACAACAAAAGUUGAUGACAAAUUUAUAAAGCACAAGUGUCAGUCAUUUGGCUACAGUGAAGUUAGCUAAGAACUGUGGCUAUACCAUUUCAACUUAUACACGUAACCGUUCACAGAAAAUAUUUCCCAAAGACUGGAUAGAACCAGCGAUGUUUGUUACGAUGUUUGUAAACUUUCCAUCAUGGAUACCCAACAUUUUGCAUCUUUGACAAAACGUGAAAAUUUUAUAUUUAUUCAAACAAUAAUUGCUGACACAAUCUAACUUGACUGUGCAUGUAAAUUAUUUUAUUUACACUGUCAAGUUACUUCAUGUCAGAGUCAACAUAGAAUGUUUUUUUGAAUAUUAUGAAGGAUGUGUCAUUUUAGAAUAAAGACUCUCUCUGCUAGUGUGGUUUUGUAUCUGUCAGGCCAAAUCACAUGAAAUAUAUCACCAUAUUUUUUACAUUUUCUGCUCCUAGUAAAAUCAAGAUUUACUUGUAUAAUAUUGAUAAUAGCUAGGAUAAAAGUGCAGGCUGGCAACUCCAAAAAUGAAGUUUCUUUGCAACUUACUGUUUUGGGAUUUUUAUUUAUUUUGAUUGCUUGACUGACAAACAAUAGAAAAAAGUGUUAACAAUUUCAUGCUUAUCUACAUUUUUUUGUAAAUAUGAACACUUUUAUAGUAAUUAACUAAUAUUUCAUUCUUAGGUUUUACAGUAUCCUUCUUAUAAUUUACUGUGGUUUAAUCAUACUCUACAAGUAUCUUUCUCUUUUGUUGUUUAUUGUACUUGCUCGUAAUCAAAAAUAGUAAGAUUUUUUCUACAAAUAAUUUGAGAGCAAUGUUCUACGAAAGACUUUCAUUAUAGUACCUUAUGUUCUUAGUGAACAUAAAGGGGCUAUGCCACACUAUUUUCUAACUUCCAAAAAUAAUGGUCCAGUUUUGUUAUGCACAGCUAAUAUAAAUUAGGCAUUGAAACCAUAUCCUAUCGACCUUUGUCACACAAUGGCCAUUUUGUCCCAGGAGAUUUAAAAAGCUUUGUUUUUGCACAAUUAGCCUAGCUGGCAGUGAGAACGAGGCUAGCUGUGCAAAUACAAAGCUUUUUUAAUCUCUUGGAACAAAAUGGCUGCUUGGUGACAAGGGUCUAUUGUCUGUAGCUACGAAUGGCAAGGAUGGAUGUUGAUUAAAACUUGAAAAAGUUGUGCCGCCCUUUUCAAGUUUCAAAGCAGGCUUUGUGCCUGCAAAAAUUACAAUCAUAAAAAUUGUUACGGUUUGUGCUCCAUGGUGAAAAUUUUGUUUGGUUAUCUUCUUUAAAACAGGUACAAGUAUUUGUUUUAUGGGUUAAGGGACUAAGUUCUGAUGUAUAUGUAAGCUAUCCAUGAACAUGCUAUGGUACAACUAGGCAUCAUAAUAUUAUUGCAAAAAGAAGUUAGUGUCCAAUAGCUCUGGACUGGUGGAUUUUGCUAUUGCGCUAGUGGAUUUCAUUCUUAACUUGCCCACUGUACAGGACAGUGACGUUUUUUGAGGGAUUAAAAUUACAGUCUAAGAACUGUGUAAUCAUUGCAGUUACCUCAUCAAAAAGUGUUUGGGGCUAGUUAAAAUGACCUUUGGGCUAAUGCCCAAACGGAAAGCUGUAAAACUGACUUUCUUUGCACCCUGCUGAUGUUAAUUCCCAUUAGACUUCACAGUCCCCUAUUAUUCCAUAAAUACUGUAACUCGCAUUCAUGUAGGAUGCGAAUGUACCGAGGGGGGAGGGAGUGCAAUCUGAGUUCACAGAAGUUAAAGGGGAAGGAUUUCAUUCACACCUCCUGGAUGUGAGCUACAAUGAUGUGAGGACAGUCCCCCUAUUCCUCCCAAGUCAGUGAUCCUAUACUGCCCCCCCCCCCCCCCAACCCCCAGUCCCAGGGUAGAAUUGAUACUCAUCCCUAGGUUACAGUCAGACCAUGGGUAAAUUAAAGAUAAAAGAAUGGAGGAAAAAGAGUGAUUAUCUAAUGUGUUUAUGUUAAGUAUAAAAGUACAGAGGAAGUGGCAAAUUGACUGGGUGUAUUAAGCUGUUGCUGCCAAUCUCACUUGCUGCCUCAUUUAUAUACCCUGUGUGCCUCUAUAAGGCCUUAAAACCAUCCAUUUCACUACUCUAUUUUAGACAAGAGAUUCUCCAACCCAUAUUUAGGCUAUUGAAUCCCCCUUCACACACACAUGUACAUGUACACUGAUUGAAAUCUCCCACAUUUUACAGCCUGUUCAGGGCAGCACCCUGUUUGAGAGGCUAAUGGCAAAAUUGUGUACUCAGUUUGAAGACUCUCAACCCCCCAAACCCAUACCAUGUUCAGUGCUGUUACCAAUUAAGGCCAAAUGCGGGAUUGCUUUCCCCUGGGCUGCAAAGACAGUAUAACUCUUCAUUACUUCUUGUUUUUGCCUUAGGUGUCCUUGUCGCCGCUGGAGAUGUCAUCACCCAGCAAUUUGCUGAGCGAAGAGGCACAAAUCAUGACGUCAGAAGAACAGCUCGUAUGGGCGUGGUUGGACUAGUUAUUGACCCUGUGCUAAGAUCAUGGUAUCUUACACUGGAAAGGAUUGUCCCUGGGACUGCCAAAACUGCCGGCUUUAAAAAGAUGCUGCUGGAUCAGAGUCUCUUUGCUCCUGUUAUGAUAUGCUUCUUUUUCAGUGUGUCAGAGACACUUGCUGGAAAACGACCACAUGAAAUUAAAGAGAUGCUCCAGGAACGCUACGUACAGACACUGAUCACAAAUUAUAAGAUCUGGCCCCUUGCACAGACUGUGAAUUUUACGUUUGUUUCUAUUCAGCACCGUGUUGGCUUUGUGCAAAUUGUAGCAAUAUUUUGGAAUGCAUACCUGUCAUGGAUGGCUAACAAGCCGUCACCUGAUGAUACAGCCUUAACUGUUAAGGAUUCUUUGGAGCUGGUUCAGUGA